AUGGUCAUGGCUUGUAAAACUUGUUCAAUGUUGUUGCUGUUUCUAAGCCUGGUUCUGGUCAUCAACCUUGUGCCUCAGAGUGAUGCAGCUCGCCGGCUUGCCGACGAGAUGAUACCCAAAGAUCAGGUGGCUGGACUGGGAAACAAAGAGGAGGCCAAGAUGAAGAGCUUUGGGGAGAUGAAGAACUCGCCACCCUUUCCCUUUCCUUUACCAUUUUCCUUACCGGACAUGCCGUUUGCACCACCCCUUCCUCAAGUUCCGAUUAACCAGCUCCCUCCAUUCCCAUUUCCACCUCCCUUUGGUGUUCCUCCAUUCCCAUUUCCACCUCCCUUUGGUCUACCUCCAUUUGGUCUACCUCCAUUCCCUGGUUUUCCUUUCCCUCCUGUCGCUUUUCCUCCCAUCCCUUUCUUCUCACCUCCUCCUCCAUGA